UUUCUGAGAAAUAAGCUUACUAAUAUUUAAUAGAAAUAUGUAAGUCUCUUAGGAAAAAUAAAAGAAAAUUCACAUAAUUCGAAGGCAUGAACAUUCGAAGGGAGAGUAUUUUCCUCUAGAAAAGAAGUGAGCAAGAACCGUUUGAAACCGAAUAAACGUCAAAUGAAAAUUGUACGUCAAUGUUCAAAACGCUGACUGGACAAACUAUUUUGACGUUUAUUUGGUUUCCAACGGUUCUUGCUCAGCUCUGCCCUAGAUAAAUAAAAUAAAUAAUAUGGCAGCAGGCCAAAAAGACAACAAUAGACAAGAAAUUGAACGAAUAUUUACAAAAUCUUGACGAAGAAAUAUUCAAUGACGGCUUUGACAGAUAAGGAAAAUAAUUUUGACAGAUAGGGAAGACCGGGACGGAAUUAGACAGUAGAUUGAUACAGUUUUUCUUAGAAAGAGUAUUUUAAUUCCCAUGUUUUUUUUAAUACAUUUUAGGCAAAGAAAAAUUCAUUUGCUGGUUAAUUCUGCUCCGAUCUCCCCUACUUUGAAAAAAAAUAUCUUGUUAAACGGACAAUUGGAUCUUGUUAAAAUUUUGUCAAAAGGAUGUUAUUUACUAAUUUAACAAAAGUUUUUUCUCUCAUUUGAUAUGGAAAAACAUCCCUUUGACAAACUUUAAACAAAAUCCAGUUGGCCGCCGAUUUGACAAAACUUUGCCAUAUUCUGUAUGGAAGAACAUCCUUUUCACAAACCUUUCUUCUUAAUUUCACAAGACAUUUUUUUCGGAGUACUUUUAAUCAAUUAUCGAUUUUUUUUAAUUUGACGAAAGAAUUGACAACAGUAAGUUCGCACUCCACUUAUUUGUCAUUAUUUUUCUUUUUGUAAAGUGGAUUUAUUUUGACAAACUUUAUACAAAACCUUUCUUCUGUUCUUUUGAGGCAAGGUUUUGUUUGUUAAAAGUUUGUCAAAAGGAUUUCCUCGAAAAUGCCUUGUGACUUGGUAAAAUUUCGAAACUCUGCGACACUUAACGCACUCAAUGCCAGGAUCGCAACGCUGUUUGUUAAAAGUUUGUCAAAGGGAUGUUUGUAUCAUUUUUAGGCAUGUAAAUAGUUUCGUCAAGUCAACUGAACGACGUUUUUAACACAAACUUAUGACAAAGACUUUUAAAGAACAUUCCUUUCAGACAAACUUGUUUGUCAAAAUUGAACUCCUUUUUGCGAAACAUCCAAUUAUGUACUUAUUUAUGCACUUAGAAACUUUUGGUAUUUUUCAUACAAAGUUGGCCUACUUUCGACAAACUUUUGACAAAGAUUCUUUUCAAUGUGAAUAAAGAGCAAGAAAAAAGGAAACUUGCAGCUAAAAUGAGUCUCUACAAUUUUACAACAAUUACAUAAAAUUUUCCGAGGACACUGAAAAAUGAUCAAUUUAUUAAAAUGCGCACAGAGAAAUUCAAUUUUGCGGAGUGAAAGCAAAAAAAUGGAAUAAAUUCUCAACAUCAAACUGUGUGAAGAAUACACUAAAAAAAAAACGAAAGCAUUUAGUAAAAUGAUUAAAAAAAACAUCAAAGUGCAUUUUUAUAAUUAAAAGGAAAAACUGAGAUUUAAUGAAAUUCUGAAAAGUUUCAAGUGUUUAUCUACUCAUUGCAUAUAUUACAAGAGGAAAGAUUAAAAAGAAAAUGCAGAAAAUAGUCUUUCUGACUUAAUAAAAAACACGUAUUUUUUGUUUUAAAUAAAUGAGAAGAAUAAGGAGAAAAAAGAGAUCUUCAUGAGAAAUUCAUAAAAGACACGGUAUUCAAGACACAGGAAGGUAAAUAAAUUAUUAAAAUUGUAUUUUUGGGUUGAACAGAUUUAUAUUUUCUAUCGGAUAAAAUGUACGACAAAAAUACAAAUUGUUAGCAUCAUGAAGUAAGCAAAAAAAAAACAGUGGAAAGAAACGGAAAAUAAAUCAAAGAAUCCUCAAAAAAAUAACUGAAGUUUUCAAUUAAAUCGCAAUUACAUUGCUGGCUGAAACAUUUCUAAAGUGCCUUUGGAGAGAUAUUUCUGUCGCAGAGCUGCCAAUUUAAUUGCAGAAAUGUUUCCGGUGGAAUCCUUUUUUGGGGAUUUUGAUGCAGUGACGGAUCACGACUACUCCCUUCCAAAUUCCCCCGGAGUCCACUUUUUCAAAUGGAACUUCGAGAAUGUCAUAACACCCAUCGGAGUGAUAGCUAUCAUCGUUUUCUGCUCCCUCACGCACAUCUAUGCCUACCAACGUCCCAAUUUGGCCCACCUUCUACCAGAAUCAUGCUUUCUGAUCAUCGUUGGACUAAUCCUUCAGGGCUUCUCCCUAUUCUUCAUCUCUGGGGAGGGAAUUAAGAAAUUGAGUCCGCAUAUGUUUCAAGUGUACCUUUUGCCUCUCAUAAUGCUCGAUGCUGGCCUUACGACACCACUAUCGCCAUUUGUGGCCAAUAUUGGGCUUAUCCUGGCUCUAUCCUUUCUUGGUACUGUAAUCUUUGCCUUUUCAGUUGGCGGGAUUCUCAUGAUUAUGAACGACAAGGGGAUGUUUGGCAUUGAUUCGCAUCAUGAACCUGCAGGACUUCUCCUUUUUUCCACAGUAAUCGCAGCUGUAGAUCCUGUUUCGGUUCUGGCUGUAUUUGAAGAGGUGCGUGUCAAUCAAGUUCUCUAUAUAAUCGUUUUUGGGGAAUCCCUUCUCAACGACAGUGUAUCCAUAGUGAUGUUCGAUACUCUGGAGAAGUUCCUUGUACUUCCAUCAGUUGAUACAUGGGAAGUUCUGGCUGGAAUGCUGUCAUUCUGCAUUGUCAUGGCUGGAGGACUCCUUGUUGGUCUGACCUUUGGCAUUCUCAUAUCCUAUCUCAUCACUAAGACUGUAAACUACCCCCGGCACUCUUCAAUCGUCGCCAUUGCCACGGGACAUUUGGCGUAUCUCGUGGCGGAUGGAUUUCACUGGAGUGGCGUUGUUGCGAUAUUCUUCUAUUCACUGACAUGCACAAAAUACAUGGCAAAGAGUUUGUCUAUGCAGACAAUGGAUUCAAUAAGGAUUUUCACAAGACUUAUGGCACGGUCAGCAGAAGCAGCCGUUUUUAUUCUGCUGGGUGUAUCGACUUUGAGGGUAUUUUCCACAUUUUCCCAAAUCAACUGGACCUUUAUUGUCAUCACACUCAUCCUCUGUUUCGCAUGCAGAACAAUUGUUAUUUUAUCCUUUGUGGCCAUCAGUAAUUACACAAGGACGGAAAAAAUAUCUGCUGCUGACCAAUUUAUAAUGUGCUAUGGCGGAUUGCGGGGAGCCAUUGCUUAUGCUUUGGUCACAACUAUACCAAAGUUUGUGAGAGAGAAGAAAUUGUACGAAGUAACGACAAUUGUAUUAAUUUAUUUUACAUCAUUUGUCGUUGGAGCUACUGUGAAGCCACUGACAAACUUUCUGGACAUUAAGAAGAAGACUGAGGAGACAACAUCUCUGUCUCAGAUCAUGUUAAAUCGAUCUCUGGAUGAAGCACGAAGAGGAAUAGAAGCAAUUGCGGGUACACCAUCGAUUUACCACAGACUAGGAAGACUCUGGAAGCGACUUGAUUACAAUUAUCUGAGUCCUUGGCUUAUAAAGGACUUUAACAGGCCUGAUUCCCUUCAAUCAGGAGAACUCCAAGAAGCUUUUCUUCAAUUGUUUAUGGAUGAAUUACAAAUGGAUGAAACAGCAAUGGCUAAAUUGCGACGAUACAGAUACAGAUUCUACCGAAAUGCACAAAAUUAUCGGCUUAGGCAUCAAGUUGAACCAUCGAGAAAUGAAAAGCUCUUAGCAAAUUGUGUGCUUAAUGCCAUGCUUAAUACAAAUAUUGGAUUGGAAAUUGAGAAAUUUAAGGAAAAAUGAGAUCUAAUUAUGUGAUUUCGCAUGGAUUUGUAGUAUUUUGUGUGUAAAAUAAGAUAUUCAUGGAAUUGUAAUAAAAGAUUGGAAUGAAAAAUAAAUUGUCAGCUUAACAUUAAA